AUGCCAUUUACGAAAUCAAAGAAAAACUCGGGUCUCGGAAGAGCUAUCAUUCGCGACCGUUUUAAAAAUGGCACUCGCCCACGUGAUGGAGAUACAACUUUGCAUACCACAGACCUAAACGAUGGAUCAAGCUGGACUAAAUUACAAUCAGUCACUCAACAGAGAGAUCUCGAUGAAUUCUUGGAUACGGCCCAAUUAGCUGGCCAUUCAUUUGCUGCCGAACGCCAGAACAUUAAAAUCGUCACAAAUACAUAUCAAAAUCCGUUUCUCCUAACUGCUGAUAAGGAGAAAGAAGUUAUUACGAGGCACGAGGAGAACAGAGACAAACUAACAAUACCGAGAAGGCCGAAAUGGACCAAGUCGACAACAGCAGAACAGCUAGAGAUUGACGAAAGGGAAGCAUUUCUGAAUUGGCGAAGGAGUCUAGCGUAUCUACAAGAAAAGGAAGACUUCCUUCUUACCCCAUUUGAGCGAAAUAUUGAAGUAUGGCGCCAAUUAUGGAGAGUGAUUGAACGAUCAGACUUGGUCGUUCAAAUAGUCGAUGCGCGAAAUCCAUUAUUUUUCAGAUCAAGUGAUUUGGAAAGAUACGUGAAAGAGGUUGACGAGAAAAAGAAGAAUUUAUUAUUAAUCAACAAAGCCGACUUGCUAACUGCCGAACAGAGGUAG